UGGUGAUUUGAAACAAUAAAAUUGCAUUGCAGGUUGGACAAUUGAGAGAGGUUUCCAAUAAAGCAAAUAAUGCCGAGCUAAAGCUGUUUCUGGAAGUUGAACUUGGACACGAUUUGAGGCCUAUCCCUCCACCUGAGAAGACUAAAGAGGAUAUUCUUCUUUUCUUUAAACUUUAUGACCCUUUGAAAGAGGAGCUCCGUUAUGUUGGGAGGCUGUUUGUGAAGGGAAGUGGCAAGCCAUUGGAGAUUUUGACAAAGCUAAAUGAAAUGGCUGGCUUUACCUCUGAUCAAGAGAUUGAACUUUAUGAGGAAAUAAAAUUUGAACCUAAUGUUAUGUGUGAGCACAUUGACAAGAAGCUCACAUUUCGUGCUAGUCAGCUUGAAGAUGGAGAUAUUGUUUGCUUUCAGAAAUCCGCUCAAUUUAGAAGUGGUGAACAGUGCCGAUACCCUGACGUACCUUCCUUUCUUGAAUAUGUGCAUAAUCGUCAGGUGGUUCGCUUUCGAUCUUUGGAGAAACCAAAGGAGGAUGAAUUUUGCCUUGAGCUGUCAAAGCUUCAUAAUUAUGACGAUGUUGUGGAAAGAGUAGCAUGCCAUCUUGGCUUGGAUGACCCAUCCAAAAUUAGGCUUACAUCUCAUAACUGUUAUUCUCAGCAACCUAAACCCCAACCUAUAAAGUACCGAGGAGUGGAGCAUUUGUCUGACAUGCUGGUUCACUACAACCAGACAUCUGAUAUUCUAUAUUAUGAAGUACUGGAUAUUCCUCUGCCAGAAUUGCAAGGCUUGAAAACAUUGAAAGUUGCUUUUCAUCAUGCGACCAAGGAUGAGGUGAUGAUUCACACCAUUAGAUUGCCAAAACAGAGUACUGUGGGGGAUGUUAUCAAUGACCUUAAAACAAAGGUUGAGUUAUCUCAUCCCAGUGCAGAACUUAGAUUGCUUGAGGUUUUCUAUCACAAGAUUUACAAGAUCUUUCCGCACAGUGAAAAAAUUGAGAAUAUUAAUGAUCAGUACUGGACAUUACGCGCAGAGGAGAUUCCAGAGGAGGAGAAAAACCUUGGCCCUAAUGAUCGUUUGAUUCAUGUUUAUCAUUUCAUGAAAGAUCCUGCUCAGAACCAGGUGCAGCAGGUACAGAACUUUGGGGAACCUUUUUUCUUAGUCAUUCAUGAGGGGGAGACUCUUGCUGAAGUUAAAUUGCGGAUUCAGAGAAAAUUGCAGGUUCCUGAUGAGGAGUUCACUAAGUGGAAAUUUGCAUUUUUGUCACUGGGUCGUCCGGAGUACCUCCAAGACUCUGAUAUUGUAUCCAGUCGAUUUCAGAGAAGGGAUGUCUAUGGUGCUUGGGAGCAGUAUCUUGGACUGGAGCACUCUGACAAUGCUCCUAAAAGGUCAUAUGCAGCUAACCAGAACCGGCACUCAUUUGAGAAGCCAGUGAAAAUCUACAAUUAGGAAAGAAAGAUGAGCCGAAACGAGUCUCUUUGGAUGGAAAUGAGAGAAGCAUGUAAUCAGAGCGAAUUGUUAGUUGUGUUAGAUGUGUAAUUCUUUGGUUUAGUGCAGGGAGGACUUUGGGAAAAGACCUCUAUAGUUUUGACUUCUCUCUCGCGCCUGUUUCAGGUGAAAUAGAUAGUGUUUAAUCCUUAAAAUUCGAUUGUAUUCUAGUACAUAAGAUUUUGUUGUGGGGGAUGUAUAGCGGGUAUAGGUGUGUGUACUCUUUAUUUUAAUCAUUUUUAAUUGAUUUGUCUUUUUUCCAAUCGACAAUGUGGAUUUUCAUUAGCUGGUGUUAGAGAAAGGUGAAAAGUUGCUGUAUAAUAUUAAAUGAUUUCUAGGAGGCUAUGAAAUGCAUAACCAAUUCAAUAU